CUAACUCUUACCAUAGACAAACCACCUUCUAUUACCAAUACAAGUACUGAUGAUGAAAAGACUAUAUUCAAGGCUUGGGAGAAGUCUGAUAGAUUGAGCAUUAUGUUUUUACGUAUGAUAAUCGCUUGCAACAUCAAAACCUCCCUGCCCGUUCCAACAACUGCUAACAAAUAUUUAAAAUCAAUAGAAGAACGAUUUAAGAAUGCAAACAUAUCCCUUGCAGAGAAACUUAUGGUAGAUCUUAAAACUAUGAAUUUGAUGGCACAUGCUCGAUGCAUGAUCAUUGUAUUGAGAUGA